AUGUGCAGUGAUAGGAGCUCUGCAUAUUUCCAUGCUAUUCUAAACAAGAACAAGAUGAGAAGGCAUAUUGCUGCUAUUACAAAAGAAAAUGGUGAAGUAACCACUUCUUAUUCCCAAGUUGCAAAGGAAUUUGUAAAAUUUUAUGAAAUGCUGCUGGGGAAAAAGCAGACUUGCUCUUCACUCGAUCCUCUUGUUGUCGAUACGGGGCCGGUUCUCAGUGAGGCCAGGAGAAUCUCCAUGACUAUCCCAAUUUCAGAUCAAGAAAUCAGAGAUGCACUUUUUAGUAUCGAGGAUGGCAAAUCCCCAGGACCGGAUGGUUACUCUGCUUGCUUUUUCAAACAGGCCUGGUCUGUUGUUGGCUUGGAUGUCAUAAGUGCAGUCAAAGAAUUUUUCAACAAUGCUAUUAAAACAGUUCAAUCACACUAUCAUUGCCCUGCUAGAAUUAAACCCUGCCUGGAAGAGAUAAUUGACCCUGCACAAGCGGCUUUUAUACAAAAAGGGAGCAUGGUGGAGAAUAUAUACAUGAUGCAGGAGCUAAUUAGAGGGUAUGCAAGGAAAAGGGUCUCUCCAAGAUGCCUCCUGAAGGUGGAUCUUAGAAAGGCCUAUGAUACAAUUGAUUGGUCCUUCAUCUCUGACCUACUGAAGCAUUUGAAGUUCCCUCCUAUGAUGAUUAGGUGGAUCAUGAAAUGUAUUUCAACUACUACCUUCUCUGUUAGCCUUAAUGGUCGUCUCUUUGGAUUCCUUCCUAGAAAUCAAGGCUUGACACAGGAGGAUCCUCUUUCCCCUCUACUUUUUGUCUUAUAUGAUCUAAUGCUUUUCUCGAGGGAUGAUGUUGUCUCUGAUCUGGAGCAGAUUCUGAAUAUUAUUGGUAUGAGGAUAGGGGACUAUCCAUUUCGUUAUUUGGGGGUUCCAUUGUUGGCUUCAAGAUUAACUUCGUCUCACUAUAGUCCCUUAAUUAAUCGAAUCUCAAACCAGCUAAAGAUUAUUAAGGUGUGUAGGGUCUUCUUAUGGGGUGGCAAGAAGAAACCCCUGGUGGCUUGGCACGACAUCUGCCUUCCAAAAGAUGAGGGAGGGCUUGGCAUUUUUUUUCUGGGCUCUUGGAACAAAGCUUUACUGUCUAGAACUCUUUGGAAUAUACAUUCCAAGAAGGACUCCCUAUGGACUAAAUGGAUCCACCAUAAUUACUUAAAGAACAAUAAUAUUUGGGGGAUUACAGCAAAGGAGGAUUCCAAGCUCUUCAAGAAAAUUCUAGAGAUUAGAGAUCAGCUUCUUGUCAAAUCUGGGAGUGUUGGAAGUGCCAUUGAGCUGAUGGAAGGGUGGGAUUUAUGCUCACACAGAUGCUACGAAUUCUGGAGAGAAAAAAUGCCUAGAGUUCCAUGGAGAAAGGAAGUUUGGUUCAACGGAUCCCAACCUAAACAUGCUUUUUGUUUAUGGUUGACUCUGAAAGGAAAACUGUGUACUUGUGAUAAGCUGGUAGGAGUGGAGACAGACCAGAGAUGCACCUACUACAAUACAAAAACAGAAUCCAUUGACCACCUCUUCUUUAAAUGCAAAUUUACAGGUGAGGUUUGGAGGAUCAUUAGGGAAUGGUUAGGCUUAAAAAGGAGUAUGACCACCAUCAAGGCUGCAGUCAAAUGGAUGCACAAGGAGGCAAAGGGCAAAAACAUUCAAGCUGCUGGACGGACAAUCACCCUGGCUGCAAUAGUUUAUUAUAUUUGGAACUUUGGGAACAAAUCCAGAUUUGAGGGACAUUCAAUCUAUCUUUUGGAGCUAGUCAAAGUAAUUCAAAGACACACCUUCACAACAAUUUUUAACAAAUAUGAUAUGCUUCUAGUCAAUAUGCAAUUCAAUGGUUAA